AUGGCGCAACAACACAGUCGUAUCAUUGCGGAUGGUGCGUAUGCACUUUGGGAGGAUAAACUUAUCUCCACAGUGUCUGGCAUCCAGCUUAACGGGGGCCAGAAUGGUCAACUGCAAUUUUCCCUUCGCUCCGUGUGGGCCUUGAAAAGCCUCGGAGGCAGUGUCAGCCACCGAGGUGGAAGCUCUGGUGGGAAUAUCUUUGAUGACCUCGGAGGCGCUUCUCCGGGACGUCAGUUAGUAGAACAACGCAUCUUCCAAAUCACCUCCGAUGGUAGCAUAGAAACGCUGGUUGAAUUUGAUAGAGAGGUUGUGGCUAUGUACCUGUUGAAUGUGGCUGUACGGGACAACGGGAGUCAACCUUUGGCCACAUCUACAUCCCUCCUUGUCCGCAUUUUGGAUGAAAAUGACAACACACCGGAGUGGACGUUUCCUACUGAGUCCGCACGCCAGAUAAAUAUUACCACUGCGAACCCACCUGGUUCACUGGUCGCUAGGCUUCAGGCCUUUGACGUGGACGCUGAUGAUGCAGGAAAGGUUGAAUUCCAAGUGCUGGAUCUGAAUGGUCAACCGAUGCCUCCGGUUUCCAUCUCCCGCGGCCUUUACAACGCUCCCGCUCAACCGCCCCAGCCAACUUCAACAGCUGCUCAAGAGGAGCUGAUGGGCUAUCGAACCGGACCUUUCUACUUAAACGGUUCCACUGGUGAAAUCCUCGUUGCCGACCGUCUAGUGCCUCUAAACCUCAAGAUUCGUCUUCGUGCCAUCGAUUGUGGUCAUGCGCAGCGCCUCUUUACCGACACUUGGAUGGGCAUUAACGUAAAGAUGGAUCCUAAUGAAUUCGGCGGCUUUUUGGGAGGUGGUAGGGCUGGAGCUCUCAAUGUGACCAUCAUUCUUGUCAUGAUCGCUGUCACAGCUAUUAUCUCCCUCCUUCUCAUCAUCGCUAUCGUUUGCGUUCGACGCAAGCCGGCUCGGACGGUGGUCAGUAAUGGCACAGCGGCGGAACCCGAGGGACGAGUUGUCACCUACUCCCCCGGCAGCCCUUUCCUCAUCACCGAUCCAAGCAAGGAGGCUCUGACAACCAAUACUUGGACUGGAUCCUCUAAGGACUUCUAUCCUCCUCUGUCUGGAGGUCUACCCGUCGAUGAAAACGGCAGAUCUACUGGUGGUAUCUCCUAUGGAUCUCCCCUCCUCGGGUCGGACAAAACCAGUGUCUUCUGUGGUGUCCCACCACAGGGCUCAAUAUACACACCAUUGGAACCGAAUGGAGACAUCAUCAGCGGCACCCUUCCCAUGCACACUUUUGGGGUAAGCGUAGGAGAACAAUUUCCCACCUCCUAA